AGGCUGCAAGCAAAAAACAGCGCACUGAGGAACAUACAGGUCGAGCCACAGCACUUGCUGCAACAAAGGAUCAAGAGCUCCCUUCCUUGCCGGAGAUGCUGGUGAAGCGGGUCAAGCCAACUGCUGUGCUGCCUGUACGUGGCUCUGCGGCAGCUGCCGGCUUUGACCUUGCUGCAGCAGAGGCAACAGAGAUCCCCGCUGGUGGCAAGGGCGUUGUGAAGACUGGGCUUUGCAUCUCCAUCCCAGAGGGCACCUAUGCAAGAGUGGCGCCCCGUUCUGGGUUGGCAGUAAAGAAGAUGCUCCACGCAGGAGCAGGGGUUGUGGACUACGACUACCGUGGGGAGGUUGGGGUAGUCCUUUUCAACCAUGGAGCUGAGGAUUUUACUGUGGGAGUCGGUGAUCGUGUGGCACAGCUGAUUCUUGAGAAGAUCUCGAUGGCAAACUGCAGAGAGGUUGAGUCUUUGGAAGCCACCCGUGCCUCUGGAGCAGAGGAGAUGCUGGUGAAGCGGGUCAAGCCAACUGCUGUGCUGCCUGUACGUGGCUCUGCGGCAGCUGCCGGCUUUGACCUUGCUGCAGCAGAGGCAACAGAGAUCCCCGCUGGUGGCAAGGGCGUUGUGAAGACUGGGCUUUGCAUCUCCAUCCCAGAGGGCACCUAUGCAAGAGUGGCGCCCCGUUCUGGGUUGGCAGUAAAGAAGAUGCUCCACACAGGAGCAGGGGUUGUGGACUACGACUACCGUGGGGAGGUUGGGGUAGUCCUUUUCAACCAUGGAGCUGAGGAUUUUACUGUUGGAGUCGGUGAUCGUGUGGCACAGCUGAUUCUUGAGCAGAUCUUUGUGGUCAAGUGCGCUGAAGUGCAGUCCUUGACAGAGACGGCCAGAGGUCACGGUGGCUUUGGAAGCACAGGAGUUUCGCAGGCUGUGCCAAAGCAGGAGUCUGCUGACGCGUCAACCCUCAGAGCCGAGCAGGUCACCCAAGCUGGGGCAUAAUGGCAGUUUCUUCGCCAUGCUCUCGGGGGCAUCAGACAUCACGAUUCUCAGCUGAAUCUGCUUGGAUCUGUUUCGCGCAUUUUAGCAUGGCCAACUUGUUGGCGAUUCUUGUACUUGGUCCUGGUGCCUUCUUUGAUCACAAGCUACUUGAGUUCCUUGAGCAGCAGUGAACCUUCCAGGUAUUUCCAUUGGGAGCUGAUGCGCGGGUCUGUUCGAUUUCGGAAUAUCCGAAAUCAUGGGAACAUCUGAGAGUAGACAGGAGAGUGCGG